GUCACUCACUGACCGACUGUCCGGCGCCAAGCGCUAUAUGUUACCAUCGAGUUAAUUAUACCGUGGGUUUGUAGUAUCCUUCCAUUUAACCAUGGCGCUGAAAUAAUAAAUCUAUGGAAAUACGUGACAUGUUUUUUAAAGAGUAAAUCGAAGAUCGCAUUCUACCCUACCAAAUCACAACACUUUUUUCUAUGUCAUAAAUUUUUCGGAAAAUGGAGCCUGUAAAGAAAAUUUCCUUUGGAUUUAGCAAAACAAAUAAAAAACCAUUGAUUUUUAACAAAUCUUUAGAUAAAAAAGUAGAUUAUAUUGUAAGUUUAGAGGGCCAAUCAGUAAAAUUGAAGGAUGAAUCAAAAGAAGUUGAAAAAGCUCCAUUAGUUAUACCCUUAAAGGAUAAUCAGACAGAUCUGCUACAAAGAGUUAGAGAUAUGAAAGCCAAACAACAAAACACUAGGAAGAAUAGUAAUGAUCCAGUUGAAGAAGACAACAGACCUGAUUCUGACUUAACAAUAGAAGAAUUGGCAGCUCGAGAGAUAGUAAAAGAGGCAAAACAAAAAUUAGUUCAAAAUGACACAUCUGGCAGUAAAAAUUUUGUUAUCUUCACAAAGAAAGCAGAUGAACUUCCCUUAGAAGGUAAGAUGGAAUCAACGUUGGUCGAUUAUGAAAAUAUUCCAGUGAAUGAUUUUGGUCUAGCAAUGCUCAGGGGAAUGGGGUGGAAAGAGGGAAUGAGUAUUGGAAAAAAUACAGUCAAUAUGGAACAAAAACGAAAAAAAUUGUCUGGAAGUCAAUAUAAAAAGAUACGCAUGCAGAAAGAAGAACAAGGGAGAAAAUUAAGCAAUGUCAUGAAAGAAUUUUUGGUACAAAAGUCUUGUUUAGAUGAGCCGUCUACGUCGCCAACAGCGACUGCUACAAAUUUGUCAAAUAAAAAUUUAGUUCCUUUUUCUGGAGAUAAAGAAAAACAAGAAAUAAUGUCAUCAGUAGUUCCUCAACAACCGGGAAGCAGUAGCAGUGGCUGCCACCAGAUAGUACAAGAAAUUCCUUCUGAUCCUGCUUUAUGGAAUAUUUUCAGUAUGUAUUCGGAAACACGUCAAAUAUUGGUUGAGAGAGGUCCAUAUCAAAUUAAAGAAUUUGAUUUUCCUAUUAAUAAAGGAAAGCGUAGAUUCUCAUCUUUGCAUUAUUCGAAAAUGUUGAGCAAUGGUGAAGUAGUAGAAAGAAGUUGGUUAAUUUAUUCUGUUACAAAUGAUGCCGUGUUUUGCUUUUGUUGCUUUUUAUUUGAUAAUUUAUCCACUAUCAGUGAUUGGCCCAAAAAGGGAUAUUCUGAUUGGGGCAAUCUUACAAGAGCUGUCACAAUGCACGAAAAGUCGGUUAAUCAUAGAAAUGCUUUUAGAGCAUGGCAAGAAUUGGACAUUCGGCUAAAGCAGAAAAAAACCAUUGAUGCCGAAUACCAACGAAUAAUGGAUAAGGAAAUUCUACAUUGGAGAGAAGUUCUGAAAAGAAUUUUGUCAAUAAUUAGACUUUUGGCCUCACAGUGUUUAGCUUUUCGUGGAACAACUAAUCAUUUAUUUCAACCUAAUAAUGGAAACUUUUUAAAAUUAGUAGAAUUGCUCUCGGAGUUUGAUCCAGUAAUGGAAGAGCAUAUCAUGAGAGUUCAACGAGAGUCUGAUAAAUGGUCUGUGACUUAUUUAAGCAACAGUACGCAAGAUGAAUUGAUAAGUUUAAUGGGAAAUGUUGUUUUAAACAAAAUUGUUGAAAUAGCAAAAAUCGCUCUAAAUAUUUUUCUAUCAUCGCCGAUUGUACCCCAGACGUAAGUCAUAUUAAACAGCUCUCAUUGACGCUAAGAGUUGUCGCUUUUGAUUCUAGUCAGAAUAAAUAUGAUAUUGAAGAAUUUUUUAUCGGAUUUUUGAAGCUAGUGAUUCAACCGGUAGAGGUUUAACAGAACUUAUUUUGGCAAAUUUGGAAAAGUUAGGUGUUGAGUUAAAAUGGCUCAGAGGGCAAGGCUAUGAUAACGGGGCCAAUAUGAAAGGAAUAAGAAAGGGUGUGCAAACUAGAAUACUUGAAAAAUAUCCCAGGGCGUUUUACGUGCCCUGCGCAUGCCACUCGUUAAACUUAGUUAUAAAUGACGCAGCGUCUUCUUCUACAGAAACAACAACCUUUUUCUGUAUUAUACAAGAACUGUACAAUUUUUUUUCUGGUUCUACAAAGCGUUGGGAAGUUCUAAAAAAACAUGUUUCACAACUAACUCUAAAACCGUUGAGUGUUACUAGAUGAUCAAGUCGAAUAGAUGCAUUGAAACCUUUAAGAUUUCAAUUUUGUGAAAUAUAUGAUGCCUUGUUUGAAAUAAUAGAAGACGUCAACAAAGAUUCAGAAACUAAAGUCAAAGCACGAGGAUUAGCAAAAAAUAUUACAAAUUAUAAAUUUAUAUGCGGUGCAGUUCUUUGCCAUGAUAUUUUAUUUCACAUAAAUUCAGUAUCAAAGAUGUUGCAACAUGUAACUAUAAAUUUAUCAGACUCUGUAAAAAUGUUGUCAGACACUAUAGAAAAAAUUAAAAGUUACAGACAAUCUGGCUUUGACCAAAUGAAAAUUACUGCUAAUGAAAUUGCCGAAGAUCUUGAUAUAAGUUCCGAAUUUCCAGCUGAAAAUGAAAUUCGAGCCAGGAGAAAAAAGCGUCAAUUUAAUUACGAAAAAACUGUGGAUGAUCUCUUAACAGAGGAAGACAAAUUUAAAAUAAAUGUUUUCAUCUAUA